AUGUGGAGUUCAACAAUUUGUUUUUUUAUUUUCUUUUCACUUUUUGUGGAUAAAGCUCAACCCGAAGUUCCUCAACUGUUUGACUAUUUAAAUGGUUUCUACUUGGAUUGCUAUGAAUGUCAUAGCAAUCGUCCAGGUUGCGGUGCUAAAGUUGAUUGGAUUUUAAUGCGUUGGAAACGUUGUGUCGCACCAGGUGGAAGUAAAUGCGUCAAAAUCAUUGAACGUUCACCUGAUGGCGAAAUGAAUUAUGUGCGUGGUUGCAUCAAUCAGAUUGAAGCUGUCAGACCCGAAAUGCCAACAGUUCGAGAAAACGGAUGUUGGACAGCUACAGAUAACUAUGUGGGUUUGGCUUAUCGACCAUGAGAACAUUUGGAAACACAAUUCACGAAGAAUAUUGCAUCACGAAUUGAAAUAAUGACUGACACAAACGCAACUACGACAAACGAUACGACUGUAUCCGAUGAACCAACAGAAUUAGAUCUUGCUUUCAUCAUUGACGCAACUGGCAGCAUGGGAUCGUACAUAAAAUCUGCACAAGAUAAUAUGAGAAAGAUCAUUGAGGACAUUAUAAUAAGUGAACGAUGUGCAUUGAAUACAGCUUUAAUUUUGUACCGUGAUCAUCCACCGCAGGAUUCAACAUUUAUAACUCAAAUUCACGACUUUACUGACGAUGCAGAGGAAGCAAAAAAGCAUAUUGAUACAGCCUCUGCUAGCGGAGGUGGAGAUGGUCCAGAAGCAGUCACGCCUGCUUUAUAUGCAGCUGUACAUACUUUAUCGUGGCGUAAGAAUGCAGUUAAGAUUGCCCUUCUCAUUGCUGAUGCUCCUCCGCACGGAUUAGACCAAAACGGUGAUACAUGGCCUCAAGGCGAUCCAUCAGGACAUGAUCCUAUGAAAUGUGUCGCUGAGCUUGCUGAAAACAGUAUUACAUUAUACACAGUCGGUUGUGAACCGGCAAUUACACCUUAUCGUGAUUUUUUUAUGGCACUGGCUUUCAAAACUGGCGGCCAGUACAUACCAUUGAAUGACAGCGCUAGCUUAGCUUCGGUUAUUACUGGAUCUGCAAAGGAAGAGAUCUCUUUAGAACGACUACUGGCGCAGGUGCAUGAAGAAGUGAUGCGCGAAGCUGCAUUGCGCGGUGGUCCAGUUGAUGAAACUGAACUUACUCGUCGUAUCCAUGAAGUAAUGCAAGGGGGAGGUGCUAAAGCUCGUCGAGUAAAACUAAACAAUGCAACUGGUACUAUGAAUAUUCCAGAAAUAACAUCCGCUGCCGAAGAGCUUUCAAAAGUGGCAACAUUAGAAGAAGUUCGACAGAAAUGGACGAAAUCUCCUUUCACGCACAGUUUAUUUUCAAUGGCCCCCGCAACUAGAACAGGUCUAGGGCGGAGGAAAAAAGCAGCGAAAGCAGUCCGCACAGGUGCGCGUGCACCACUAGUAAAGAAGGCACCACUCAAACGAAAAACACCGGCAAAACUAGCACCAACUACUAAAAAGAAAUCUCGUCCUGACACACCUCGUGGUAAAAGACGGAGCGCCCGUUUAGCCCUUAUCAUCAGUGAUGAUGAAGAAGAUUCCACUGAAAAAGACGAAGAUGAAGAGGAAGCAAUGGAUACAACAACUGUACCAGUACCUUCUGUCGAGAAACCCGCAAAGUUAAAAACAGAAAUAUCAAAUAUCGACCUAAAAGACGAUGAACUACUGGAUAUUAGUCAAACUAGACGACUGGUCCGCAAAUGUGUAGCACGAAACAAACUGAAAUCUACUUGA